GAAAAUUUGUUAGAAUUUUAAUUUAAAAAAUAAGAACUGUUAUUAUCAUCGGCAAAAGAAAAUUAAAAAAAAUUAGUUAAUUUUUAGUGAAAAAUAUUUUAAAAUAAUUUAUUUCUUUGAAAAUGGUUAAAAGGACACGAGAUGCGGAGGAAGGCAAGAAAAGAAAAAUGGCACGAUCGCGAUUUCGAAGUUUAAUACGAUGUGUCGUGUUAAAUCGGAUAUGGUUGGUGGAUGCUGCUGAACAAAAAUUAUCAUUAAAUGUCAAGAAAAAUAUAGCCAUGCUUGUGAGAACUCAGCGUAAAAUUGGUCUACUUACAAUGGCAGAAAAAUCAUUGAUUAGAACGCAUCAUACAAUACGCACAGUUGAUGAAAGAAAACAAUUAGUGUCCUUGAUGUCUGGACUAAAUUGUUUCAAUAAAAUUCCACCGAAAGUUCGUGCUCGAUUAGCUAAAUGUGUAAAAUUUAUGGUAAUUGGCCCUGGACGAAUACUAAUUAAAGAAGGUGACUGGCCAAUGAUGGUAUAUUUUAUUCUUACCGGCGAAGUUGAAGUCACUAAAUUUGUUUUUGAUCACAUACAAAAUUGUCGAGUUAAUAGAAUAGAAAAGAUAUGUGGACCUGGAGAUUGUUUGGGUGAUGCCGAAUUGAUUGAAAAAAAUAGGCGAAGACAUACAUACACUACAACAAAUGUGGUGGAGCUUUUGGUAGUAUUUGAGGAGGACUUCGAACUGGUUUUACGGCCUGUAAUGGAACAACAAUGGAAAGAAAAGAAGACUGCAAUAAUGGCUUUAAAUUAUUUUAAUUUUUUUACUGCUGAUCAGAUUACAAAUGCUUGUAAAUUAUGUGUGCUACGGCAAUUUGAGCCGCUGGAAACAAUUUACCACGAAGACAAGGGUCAGAUGAGUUACGUACAUUUUGUCAUCAGUGGUGAAUGUAUGAUAUUGCAAUGUCUCAAAAUUAUGGUAAGCCAGAAAAAUGGAGUUAAAACUUUUGAACUAACUGACAUAGCCAAAGAAGGCUCCAAAUCAAUAUUUCAAGAUCUUUCGAACACACAGCUAUUACAGAUUUUAAAUGAAGAAAAUGGUUCGGCAAAUAAAACUGCUUACGAUAUAAAUGAGAUCAUUGCAUCCGAUGACAAUGAAACUAAUAAGCAAUCUGCUAAAAGUCGUGAUUUCAAACAGAUCGAUAUAAGAAGCAUGGAAAUCAGAUGUGGUUUAGCUGAGCCGAGCGAUCGAGGAUCUGCAGGAAGUCAUACACAAAUAUCAGAAAUAAAUAGCAAGAAAACGGCUGAUUAUCAAAAUGAGCAAAUAGUGGACACCGAAGGCUGUGAAAACAUAAUCGAUAUAGCUGCCACAAGAAGCAACAUUUCUGAACAAGAAGAUAUCGGAAUAAAGGAUGAUGUAGCUGAAAUGCGAUCCAGUAAAACGGAAUAUUUAAAUACCAUUUCAAAUCAAAAAUCGUUCGAUAACCAGAGUCAAAGAGAUAUAAUAGAGAGAUCUAAUAUAAAUAGCAUUAAACGUUUUACUUUACAAUCAUUACGUGAUUCUCUGUAUGGAUCUUCGCGUUCAGCAGAAAUUCCGUCCUAUCAGCGUCCUACUGGAAAAAUUGAAAACCAUUUUAUUGAUGUGGGCUCGCUUACAUUUGGAAGUAUUUUUGGCAUUGGUGAAAAACUGGAGCACCGUGUCAUAAUGGCUCGUACAACUGUUCAAUGCUUGAUGAUACCCCGAUUUUGGCUUCUAGAAAAAGAUCAAAAUCCUGGAAAUAUUUGGCAACGAAGACGAUUUUAUUUAGACACAACUAUUCCAUCUAGACAGACACUAUUUAAAGAUUUUCUAUAUACUCGUCAGUGGCAAAAAUUUAAAACAAAACUUAUUCAAAGUCAUUUAAAUCCCAACUCAAUAGCUAAUCCUACUCGUGUCCAAGAUAUACCAAUAAUAUGUCGUAUAGUUGAAGCACGUGACGAUUAAUUUUACACACAUAAUUAAAUAAAUAAGAUUUUUUAA